AUGGAAGAAUUUGAAGACUUCCACGAGUUGUGGUCGAAACUUUUUAAUAUCGAGUAUACGGGUCGAUAUAUUACUGUGAAAGGGGUGCGUCUGCCAGAGAAUUUUUCAAAAUUCAGGGAUGAAAUAGAAAAUUUUGAAAUUCGAGACGACGACGUGUGGGUCUGCAGUUUUCCCAAAGCCGGUACCACUUGGACGCAGGAGAUGGUCUGGUGCCUGGGGAAUGAUCUAGAUUUCGAAGGUGCGAAGGCAGACUUGUUCCAGAGAUUUCCAUUCUUCGAAAUAGCAGCUGUUCUCGACUACUCGGCCUUCAGGAGAAAAAAUCCUGAUGACAAAUCGAAAAAACACGCGAUGACGAGUUUAGAAUUUUGCAGAACUAGAGCAUCCCCUAGGUUCAUAAAGACACAUUUACCCUUUCAUCUUCUUCCUCGUGAUCUUCGAGAGGGAAAAACCGGCGCCAAGAUUGUAUACGUCUGGAGAAACCCAAAGGACACUUGCAUUUCAUUUUUUCAUCAUUCUAAACUCCUGGGAGGUUUCCGAGGAGAUUUCCAAAUAUUCUGCAGACUCUUCCUCGCCGACAAAUUACUCUGCUGUCCAUAUUGGAGUCACAUCCUGGGAUUUUGGAAUAAUCGAGAUAAUCUGCGUGCCAAGAUGUUAUGGCUAAAAUACGAGGACAUGAAAUCAGACUUGUCAUCGAUUAUUCAUAAAACUUCAGAAUUCCUGGGAAAAUCUUCACUUUCACCGGAGAAUCUUCAAGUUCUCGAGGAUCACCUGAGCUUCACAAAGAUGAAGAACAAUCCUGCAGUGAAUAAAGAAGAGUGGAUUGAAUAUAUUAAACAAUUCAAUCUCACCACGAAACCAGGGAAAUUCAUGCGAAGUGGUGAAGUAAAUCAGUGGAUGACGGGAAUGUCUCCCGAGAUGUCCCAGAAAUUUGAUGACUGGACAUCAAAUCAUCUCAAGUCAUCAGAUCUCACCCUCUGGAAAUAUUUUUCAGACGAACUAUUCCGAUCAUCAGCGAUUAUUGACCACUCGGUGGUUAUAAAAAAUUUUCCGGAGCUAGAAAACCACGAGUUCUUGAGGGACAGUGUUAAAUAUGUGGAACAUCUUCCCCAUAAGAGAUUCAUCAAAACGCAUCUUCCGUUUCAUCUUCUGCCUCGGGACCUGCGUGAGGGGCGGACUCGGGCGAAAAUAAUUUAUGUUUGCAGAAAUCCUAAAGACGUCUGCAUCUCCUUUUAUCAUCAUGCCAAACAUUUCGCAUAUCGAGGCGACUUCCAACAAUUCUGCAGACUUUUUCUAGGAGACAAGGUUCCUUACAGUCCAUUCUGGAGUCACGUGUCUGGUUUUUGGGAGAAACGGAAUGACUCGUCCUGCAAUAUCUUAUUUUUAAAGUAUGAAGAAAUGAAAGUGGAUUUGGGAUCGGUGAUCGAGAGAACAGUGGAAUUCUUGGAGAAGCCGAAAUUGUCAACAGAAAAAUUGCAGCGGCUGUUGAAUCACUUGAGCUUUGGAAAUAUGAAACUCAAUCCCGCGGUGAAUCACAAGAAGAGAUUUGGCUUUACGAGACAGUAUUUAGGUGCCUCGGGGGAAGCAGAAUUCAUAAGACAAGGGCAAAUCAACCAGUGGAAAGCUGUCAUGUCACGAGAAAUUUCGGAGGAAUUCGAUGAGUGGAUCUCCCGCAAUUCCCAAUCCUCUGAUUUAUCUUUCUAUUUUCUUGACAGUCUAGAUAAUAAACAAUCGUAACACAUAGUUUAACACGUAUUUUCUAUAA